AUGCUGAAUAAGCAGGCAAGGCAGUGCUACAAGGCCCUAGUGAUCAUCGUGCCCCAUGCGAAGCAAGUGUGUGACAACCUCCCCACCACCAGCGGCGGCGGCGGCAGCGACCGGCAGGCCCGGCAACAGGCCCGCCACUACCAGCUCCUGUCCGAGCUCCAGGCCCUGGUCAAGGACCUGCCCAGCUCUUCCCAGCAGCGUCUCUCGUACACCAUCCUCAGUGACCUGGCUUUAGCUCUCCUGGACGGGACCGUCUUCGAGAUUGUCCAGGGCCUACUGGAGAUCCAGCAUUUGACGGAGAGAAACCUUUACAACCAGCGGCUGAAGUUGCACAAUGAGCACCGAGCCCUCAAGCAAGAGAUGCUCCAUAAACACCGGGAAGCCCAGCAGAGCUGCAGGGCACACAAUCUGCCCCUCCUCAAAGCAGCCCAGCAGAGGGAACUGGAGGCCAUGGAGCAGCGAAUACACGAGGAGCAGCUGAUGGUGGACAAGAAAAUAGUCCUGGAGCUGGACCAGAAAGUGAUGGAUCAGCAAAGCACUUUGGAGAAGGCUGGGGUCUCUGGGUUUUACAUCACGACCAACCCACAGGAGCUGACUCUCCAGAUGAAUCUACUGGAGCUCAUUCAAAAGCUGCAGCAGAAAGCUUCCCAGACAAGAAAAGUGUUGCCUUGAGGAGGGGAGCGCCGUUCCCAUUGCUAGUCACGACGCUCUGUGGGUGUCUCGCUAAAGGAGAUUGCGGCACAUUUUUGUUGUUGCAUUGCAAAGAUCAUUCCCUCUGAAUCUUGUUCUAGAGCAAAUCAGGGGCUUCCCUUCCUCCAUGGGACUGUGGAGAUCAGGGGGUAGAGUUUGAGCACUUCCAUUUCAUUUUGUCUUUAUUUAUUAUCUUUUUUAUGUUGUGCUUUUAUGAUCUUGUGGUAGUGGAGGAAUGUCCAUGUAUUUCAAGGAUACAAGUUGGAAGUUGUGGGUCUGUGGACUAGGGGCCCCGAAAUACUCUGUAAAAAAAAAUCUAGCCGUGGCCCCUUUUUUGAAAUUAGCAGAAUUUCUCACCCUGAGUCAGAAGCUCUUUGGGGGAUAUGGAAGGAGGAUGUACCCAGUUUUCAGAGAUAUUUCAUGUUAGAGAGAGAGAGAGAGAGAGAGAACUUUCUUAGCACCCCCCAUUCAUGGCAGGUUAUUGGAGCAUUGCAUACGCACAAAUAUGAAAAGUUAAAAUAUAAAAAUGCAACAAGAAAAUAACAUCAGAAAGAUGUUAACGUUCAUCCACCAGGACAGAAACUUUUAGUUUUCUGGAGUCAGGCUUAGUUAUAGAAUUCACAGACAAAAAAAGAGGUAAAAGACCAACAUUUAUGACGUAGUUGAACUGUAAACGGUGUCUCCACUUUUCACCUACAGACUGUGUUCAUGGUGGUUGGCGUUGGUUCAUCUUCAGACAAACACUGGCUGGGAGAAAAAAUCAUUGACCUGAACCCUUUACCGUUUGCCAUUGGGGUUAGGGUUUAACAUACAUUAGGAGCAAAAUAACCUUUCAAAAAAAUUAGAGGGAGCUCUGUGCUGGUUUUGGAUAAACCAUGAUGCCAAGAAGCAGAAGUGGCCUAUUUUACUUGUCGUUAGGUUGGCCUUCCUUCAGGAAGUAAAAGUGGUGUAAUUAUAACUGAAAAAGUAACCUCAAUUUUACUGCUAAUUCCUGCACAUUGGAACUCCCAGAAGAUCAGAAAAAUUCUCUGGAAGUCAAUGAAUGCAAGCGUGUGUUUUAACCCUCAUGUGAAUGAGCGCUAAAAGCAGCAUGAGAAUAAAAAAACACAGAAAAUUCUUGGAGGCCUGUUUCAGUAAAGGCCGGAAGCCGUUUGUCAGAUUUGCCAGGACCCUAAAGGCCAAAUUUUGAAUAUGAUUUCUGUACUAUUUUUUUUUUAAAAAUUAAUAAAAGAAAGUGAAUGCAGGAGUUGUAUAUUGUAAGGUUGCUACAAUCGACUGUUGUCAAUUGAACGAAUGUUUAAAAGAAAGGAUUUUUAA